GGUUCUUCUCCUCCAACAUUCUACCAACUUCGUCUCUUCUCCUGGGACGCAAAAUGAGUUCCAGGAAAGAGGGGAAGAGAAAGGAAGAAAAAAAACAACAACAAAAACAUUAUUUUUUUCGUGCGUGCAUGGAGAAGGCGUCAACUUCCUGCAAACAUUCCCUCCCCCUCCUCCUCCUCCUCCGCCUCCGCCUCCUCCUCCACCCGUGAGCUGUCCCACGCAGGCUUCCUCGGUGCGGACGUGUGAGAGGUGCAGACAUGGACUGGGGGACUGAUCUGUGGGACCAGUGUGAUGUCAUCGACAAACACACACAAGCGGGCCUGGACCUGGUGGAGCGCUACAUCAAGUUUGUCAAGGAACGCACUGAGAUCGAGCAGAGCUACGCCAAGCAGCUCAGGAGUCUGUCAAAGAAAUACACAAAGAAAGGUGCCAAAGAAGAGCAGGAGUGCAGGUUCAGUAACCACGCAGCGUUCCAGGACAUCCUGAACGAGCUGGGCGACUAUGCGGGUCAGAGGGAGUUGAUCGCAGAGAACAUGAUGACCAGCGUGUGUGUGGACCUCACCAAGUACUUGCAGGACAUCAAGCAGGAGCGCAAAUCGCAUCUCUCUGACGCCAAGAAAGCCCAACAGACCCUGGAGAGCAGCUUUAAACACCUGGAAAGUACUAAGAAGCGCUUUGCCAAGGAGUGGGCGGAAGUGGAAAAAGCGUCGCAACAUGCAGAGAAGAUCGAGAGCGAUGUCAACGCCUCAAAGAUCGACGUGGACAAAGCCAAGCAGCAUUUGCACGCCCGCACGCACAUGGCGGAGGAGUGCAGGAACGACUACGCCGCCCUGCUGCAGAACUACAACAAGGAGCAGAAGUCGUACUACUUCGCGGAGAUACCGCAGAUCUUCAACAAGCUGCAGGACAUGGACGAGCGGAGGAUCCGGCGCCUCGCCGACGGUUACUGCCAGUUCUCGGACAUCGAGAAGAAGGUGCAGCCCAUCAUCGGCAAAUGUUUGGACGGGAUCUCCGCCGCUGGAGCGAAGAUUGACGAGAAGCAGGACUCGCUGCUGUUCAUCGAGCAGCACAAGUCCGGCUUCGAGCGUCCGGGCGACGUGGACUUUGAGGACUACACGGUGGGAAUCAAGGCCGCCAGCUCCGACUCCAGCCUCAACCCGCCCAAAGUCCGCGCCAAGCUCUGGCCCUUCAACUGGAAACAAAAGACGUCGCAUGCUGACAAACACAGGCCGCCGGCUGCAGAGGACUUCUCCCAUCUUCCUCCAGAGCAGAGGAAAAAGAGGCUGCAGGCCAAGAUUGAUGACAUCAGCAAAAAACUAAACAGGGCGCAGGAGGAAAGUGAAGCGCUGGAGAAGAUGAAGGGUGUGUACGAGCACAAUCCUGAAAUGGGAAACCCGUCCACUCUGGAGCCUCAGAUCACAGAAACAGCUCACAGCAUCGGCCAUCUGAAGGGAGAACUCACUAAAUAUGAAACGUGGCUGUCAGAGGCGGUGGGAGGAGACGAGUGCAUCAACAACAACAACACGCCGCUCACGGUGGAGAAUAACCAGAACAACCAGAACAUCUACUCGGAGUUUGACGACGACUUCGACGACGUGGAGACCCCCGUGGGCCAAUGCACGGCCUUGUACACUUUUGAAGGCAACAGCGAGGGCACCAUCUCCAUCACGGAGGGCGAGCUGCUGAGCGUGAUGGAGGAGGACAAAGGAGACGGAUGGAUGAGGGUCACUCGGGCCGGCGGCGAGGAAGGCUUCAUCCCGUCCUCGUACGUCAAGCGCUCCUCCUAACGGAGGUUCGCUCUUCUUUUUUUAACUCCUGAAUGUAUAAAAGUGUUGAUCGGCGCAGUUAGUGACUUUUUUUUAAUAUUUAACAACCUGCUGAAGACACGCCCCCCCACUUCCUGAUUGGACACUUAACGAAACCACGCCCCCCGCACCGUAAAAUGUUGUGUUCGCUGUUGAAAGGUCACAGUCUGGUUAGCUGCAGCCUGACUGACACUGGAGCUCGUCUACCUGGUCCACGCACAUAACGCCUAUUGUACAUUAAAUAUCAAACAUGA